GUGCCUGCCUACGUCUGCAGAGCUUAUCUUGGGAUUAAACAUUAAUUCCAGCCCGCAGGAAAGUCUGUCCCAGCACUGUCCUCUUCCCGACUCAGCUGACAAUGUCAGGCAUCAGGGAAAUUCUGAAGGCAGUUGGUGAUUUUGGGACAUUUCAGAAGCGGCUGGUGCUCUUCUCCAUGCUCCCAUGCCUCAACCUGGCCUUCCACCAGUUUUGCCAGCUUUUUAUGGUUCCAAACCUGCCUCAUUACUGCAACACCAGCUGGAUCCGUGCCGUCGGCCCCAACCUGACCGAGGAGGAGCAGCUGAACCUCACCCUGCCCCGCGACGCGGACGGGGCGUACGAGCAGUGCUCCAUGUACUCGCCCGUGGACUGGGACCUCGGCUCCAUCGUGGCGUACGGCCUGAACGCCACGGAGAAGUGCAGCAGUGGCUGGGUGUACCCCUCAGCACAGCAGCCGUCCCUGCUCACUGAGUUUGACCUUGUGUGCGACAGGAAGGACCUGAAUGACAUCUCCCAGUCUGUCUACAUGCUGGGACUGUUCCUGGGAGCCAUGAUCUUUGGGCCACUAAGCGACAGGAUCGGCCGCCGGCCAGUCCUUCUGAUCUCCAUCUUCCUCCAGGGCCUUUUUGGUGUGGGAAUUGCCUUUGUGCCCCAUUUCUACGUAUACAUGGCCUUCAGAUGUGUCGUGGGGGCUUCAGUGUCAGGGAUCACCAUGACCUUACUGGCCUUAGCUACGGAAUGGGUUGGGGUCUCCUAUCGACCACGUGCAGUGCUUAUUACUCACUGCUGUUUUGCCAUUGGACAAAUGAUUUUGGCUGGCUUGAGCUAUGGGAUUCGUAACUGGAGGUUGCUGGAAAUUGCAGGAUCUGCUCCUAUGUUUGCCCUUUUCUUCUUCGUCUGGGUGCUACCAGAGUCGGCUCGGUGGCUGGUGACAAAAGGCAAAAUAGAAGAAGCUAAGAAGGUCCUUCAGAAGGCAGCAUCCAUCAAUAAGCGCACCAUCCCACCAGGACUCCUUGAGCAGCUGAAGUGUGAGACACAGGCUAAGUCUGGAAGUUUUCUGGAUCUCCUUCGGAAGAAGCACCUCCGGAAGGUGACUUUAAUCAUGUCGUGUGCCUGGUUCGUUAACAGCCUUGUCUACUAUGGUCUGAGUCUGAAUGUGACUAAUUUUGGUCUGGACAUCUACCUGACACAGCUUGCAUUUGGAGCAGUGGAAAUCCCAGGCCGUGUUGGUUGUAUCUUCCUGCUGCAGUGGUUUGGGAGGAGGAAAUCCCAGGCUGGCACCCUGCUGCUGAGUGGCCUGGUGUGUCUGAUCAUCACUGGCAUCCCUGAAGACCAGCCUGUGGCGAUCACUGUCCUGGCCACCAUUGGCAAGUUUGCUGCCUCAGCCUCCUUCUCCUCCGCCUACGUCUACUCCGCAGAGCUCUUCCCCACCAUCAUCAGGCAAAGUGGCGUGGGGCUGUGCUCCAUGGCGGCGCGGGUGGCGGGGAUCAUCGCCCCGCUGAUCCGCCUCCUGGAGCAGUACCACCGGGCCGUCCCCAUGGCCGUCUUUGGCAGUGCCCCCGUGCUGGGGGGGCUGCUCUGCUUCUUGCUGCCUGAGACCCGCGGCGCCGAGCUGGUGGAUGACACGAGGGGUGGCCGCACUGCAGCAGAGGCCUGUGAAAAUGCCAACAGCAGCUCUGAAAAUGGACAAGUGAAAGUAAAAGAUGGUGACCAAGACAAUGAGUACACAAAGACCACUUAUUUCUAGCUGGGCCUGCAAGCAGCUCUAAUUAGAGGCUGCCUGGUGCUGUGGUGGCGUUGAGGACAAGUAGGGUCUUCAUUUACAGUACACCACCUAUCCUACUCAAGCAGUCACUGCCAACUCCUGACCUUAUUUUUCUUUUUUUUUGCCUUCCUGUAUCUCCCUCUGUAGUUUCUCCUCAGACACUGCAUGCUGUCUCUCAUGUUCUACAGUGCUGUCACUGGAGAAAAUGCUUUUAAUUUAAAGAAAAAAGAAAGAAAUCUGAAGGCAGGAUGGAUGCAAUAUUUUCUCUUUCUUGUCCCAUCUCCAAGAACGCGAGACUGUUAAUUUUCUCCUGUUGAGACACCUGCCAGAGUAUUGAAUAGCCUAGCGAAGGAGUACUGUGUUCAGUAAAGAAAAAGCCAGAGCAGAUGUAACACUGAAAACAAUCUCACACUUGCAGGAGUGAUUUCUCUUGACUGUCUAGCAUGGUUUUCUCACCCUCUCUUAAAACGCUCCUUUUUUUUUUUUUUAAGAUUUGAGAUACUGAACUGAAAAAAAAAAAUUACAUGAUAGAAUAAACAGCAAGCAGUGAAUGAGGAUGUCUAAGAGGAAGCAGAAUAUUUGCCUUGGUGCUGGUGCCUUUGAAUGAAAGUGUGUAGUGAUGUUUUGUGUCAGGCUGUGCUGGAGGACCACAUUAGCUUAUCUGUUCUGGGAAACUGAGAGAUGUUGUGGCACUUGGUCUCUUAGAAGAAAGCGCAAAUCUUUCUGGGAAAUAUCAGAUCUAUUCUAUUCUAUUCUAUUCUGUUCUGUUCUGUUCUGUUCUGUUCUGUUCUAUUCUAUUCAUCUUCUAUUCCUUCUUGCUAUAGCAACCUGCACUUAAAUGUUUUAUAAAUACUUUUGUCUUACAUUAUGAAAAAAAAAAAGUUCUUUUUCUGUGCUUCCGCUCCUCUUACUUCCUGUCCCACAAGAAUACUUUCUUUUAUCACUAGCUUUAUACAGAUGGAGCCCAGAAGUUAUAUGCAAUGGUGGUGUUACAGCUUGGACCGUGUACAGCUCAAAAGCUAUUUUCUAGUAACGCUGGGAAGCUUUCAAAUGAGACAUUAUUUCUCCUUCUUGUCAUGCCUGCAUGUUUUCCUUGGAUUAAAGUAUCCCAUGGAUACGCAGUUUGGUGAAGACAGCUUUCUGGAUAAAAUCAGUGACAUGCACCAGUCCCACCAGGAGGGGCUGGCUGUGGUGCCAUCUUCUUUCUGGCACUGCUCUCCAGGGGAUUUGCUCAAUUUUGGCUGUGGUGCUCCUGUUCAGUGGACCUGAGCAUAGAGGUGCUCAGUCUUUUGAGUGAGAACACUCUUUUUCCUUUGCAAAGGCUGGUGUCUUCCUCUUUCAGGCUUUUAUGGAAAAUAAGGGGUUGAGGGUAAAUGUUGAGGG